UUGGGAAACCGUAGUAACAUCCGGAGGGGCCUCGUAGGUAACGCGAUCAGUAGCUGUCCUGAGACUGCACAGGUGGCGGGAUGGGUGCCCUGGGCCCCGCCCCGAAGGGCGUGGCCAACCAAAGGCGCGAAUCUGCGGGCCCCCGCGCAUCCGGCCUGGCCGUAUAUGAAGCCAGGCGGUGCGCCCGGAGGCUCAGUGCUGGUUCUCCUUAGACACGACAGCACGCUUCUCGGUCACGCGCUGGAGCCACUUAUGGAUCCCACAGCUGAAGAUCCAGUUCAGUUACUCAGCAAUAGCAAAGAGACUUCUGUGGACUCUUUCCUUCAAACAGUUGAGGAAAUCGAGGAGUUCCUCAAGGAUGUCUCUGAGACAUAUAAGGCAAAAAUGUCAGCUGCACCAGAACCACAGCUCCAUAUACCUCUGGCUGACCGUGGUGAAGACAGCCAACAUGAGUCAACCCAGAGGAUGAUGACUCCUCUGAAGUCUACAAUGGUGACCUUCUUUGAUGAGAGAAGACCCACAACCUCCCAGAUGACAGAUGUUAUUGACAACCCAAAGACAACAUUCACUGCUUGCCAAAAGAUAACUGCAAAUAAGAUAGUGAUCCCCAAUGAAGGUAGUCAGAUGAAGACCCUCAGUGAUGACCAGAUCCUCUAUGGAGGCCAGAUGACAGUUCCUAAAGAGAACCACAUGAUGACCUUCAGUGCUAAGCAGACCUUCACUGAGGGCCAUACAAUGACUUCCAGUGGUAAUCAGACCCUGAAUUGGAACCAGAUGACAACACUGUGUGAAGAACAACAGAUGAAGACCCUCAGUGGUGACCAGACCCUCUAUGGAGACCAUAUGACCUUCACUGGGGGCCAGACCCUCUAUGGGGGCCAGAUGGAGACCUACAGUGGUGACCAGAUGCUCUAUGGAGGCCACAUGACCCUCAGCGGGUACCAGACCCUCUAUGGGGGCCAGAUGAAGUCACUUAGUGAUGACCAGACCCUUUAUGGAGGACAGAUGACCUACAGUGGGGACCAGAUCCUCUAUGACAGCCAGGUGAACACCUUUGGUGAUGACCAGACCCUCUAUGGAGGUCAGAUGAUGACCCUUAAGGGGCAUCAUAUGACAACUUCCACUGAUGACCACACUGUCUAUGGAGACCAUAUGAUGCCACAUCAAUCAUCAUCAUUGCCAUACCCAGGAUUCCUAUACUUUUCCAGUUCCCAUUUGAUCUAUGGACAAACCCUAGAAAAGCAGAAGUGCAACGUCAAGACCCAGAGAUGUCAAGUCCAGAAGAAUCCUAACGUUUUGAAGACCUACACUUGCACAUACCAGGACUGUGGUAAAUCAUAUACUAAGCCUUCCCACCUCCGGAUCCAUGAGCGCAAACAUACUGGGGAGAAGCCCUACGAAUGCAAUGUGAAGGGAUGCACAUGGAAAUUCCCCCGUUCAGAUGAGCUCAGCAGACACAAGAGAAAACAUAGUGGGGAGCGGCCCUACCUAUGUACUAAAUGCAACAGGAAUUUUGCACGAUCUGAUCACUUAAAGCAGCAUCAAAGAAUCCACAGAUAAUACUCGCCCAUGACUGAACUCAUCAAGCCAUAAGAAAAUGAGUACAGCUGAAAGACUCCAUCUACUAAGCCUUUGUUUGCUCUGUACCUAGCACUGUGCCAGUAUAUAGUUAAGUGCUUAAUAUUAUUUGUAAGCUUUUAAGGUGUUUUUUCCCCCUAAAACGUACAAGGAAUAGAUGUAUGCAUUUCAAUAAAAGCAGAAGCACUUUUCAUUCA